AUGGUGAGCCUUCGGCAGAUGUUUUCGUCGAAGAAGUCACAGGCGCUGCUCGUGCUGCUGCCCGAUGGCUCAAUGAAGAUGUACACCAAGAAGAUGACCGUUAAAGACUUACUCCUCGAGUUUCCCGCCUUCACCGUCGCGCUCGACCCCGCGCCCGCGCCCGCGCUCGACGACGAAACCGUUCUCGCCGCCGGCGGUACCUAUUAUCUUAAUCCUUUAGACGGCGAACCGCCCGAUGCAGACGCCGCGGGUAACGAGCGCCCAGCCCUUCCGCCGCGGAGCGCAAGCUGCGACCAGGGCGGCGGGUCGGCGGGGCAGCAGGCCGCGCGGGAAGUGGGGGGAGUGCCUUCGCGGACCGUUUCCGCCGCCGCUGCUCUCGCGCGCGUGGAUGUCGCCCCGGAGGAAGCCGCUGCGCCGGCGUCGGAAACCGCUUCUCCGUCAGCGCGCGCAAAGCCGAAGGAAACGGACAGCUAUGCUGACGUGGAUGACGAGCUGCUCGCGUACCUGGAUAUGGGCGACACGCCAGCAGCGCCACCCGCCCCUCCCGCUACGCGCCACAUCACCAAAUUCGGACAAGAGGACGCGUCGCUCUUUUCCGACACCGGCAGCUCCCGCGGGGGUAGUGCGCGGGGUUCCCCUGCUGUCGGGGGAAAUUCCCCUUCUGGUUUCGGCGGGCCUGUGCUCUCGGGUAUGAACGCUCUGGGCGGGUCGGUUGGUGGGGGUUCACCAAUGGGUGGCGUAAUGGCGCGGAGAUCGAUGGGCAUGGAGUAUGGCAGUAAUAUGAUGGGGGGAGCUUCUGCUGCUGCUGCUGCGGUGGCGGCGGCGGCUGCGAGUGGCAACAUGGGCAUGGGGGGAGGGCAAUACAGAAGGCCAGGGCCAAAGAUGAUGGGAGUGAUGGGUGGGGUAGCGCUUGAGUCUCCUGCCACGCAUCUAGAUCGCAACGACAGCUAUUCGAGUGCUGGGUCAGGGGGAGGUUCAGGAACGUUCACCGUGUGGUGA